GAGUUAAGAGAGGACAACAUUAUAUUAAUUGAAACAAAGGCCAUGCUAGAAGAACAGCUAACAAUGGCAAGAGCUCGUGGUGAUAAACUGCAUGAAUUAGAGAAGGAAAAUUUGCAGUUGAAAUCCAAACUUCAUGAUGUAGAGCUGGACCGGGACACAGACAAGAAGAGAAUUGAAGAGCUGCUGGAGGAGAACAUGGUCUUGGAGAUUGCACAGAAACAGAGCAUGAAUGAGUCUGCACACCUAGGCUGGGAGCUAGAACAACUGUCUAAAAGCACAGAUCUUGCAGAUACCAGAAAGUCCUUUGUGUUUGAGUUGAAUGAAUGUGCUUCGAGUCGCAUACUGAAGCUAGAGAAGGAUAAUCAGAGCUUGCAGAACACAAUCCAAGAGCUGAGAGAUGCCUCCUUGACCUCCAGAGAGAGCAGCCUAAAGUUUGUGGAACUGGAAAAGGAAAAUCAACAACUUAGUAAAAAGAUUGAGAAGUUGCAAAAUCAAAUUGAAAAAGAGAAGCAAAGUAAUCAAGAUCUGGAGACCUUGAGUGAAGAGCUGAUAAAAGAUAAAGAACAGCUACAAGUUGUCGUGGAGACUCUGAAAGCUGACAAAGACAGACAGAUAAAGGACCUUAAACAAGAGAAUGAUCACCUUAAUCAAGUUGUCUUAUCCCUGAGACAAAGAUCUCAAGUGAGCAGUGAGGCAAGAGUAAAAGAUAUUGAAAAAGAGAACAAGAUCCUUCAUGAAACAGUUACAGACACUAGUAGUAAACUGAGCAAGCUGGAAUUUGAGAAGAAACAACUGCAAAAGGAUUUUGACCAGGUUAAAGAAUUGGAAGAAAUGGAAAAGGAGCUCCAUCGGUUGGAGAGGGAGAAUGAACAGCUCACAAAGAAGGCAGCAGCAAUGAAAAUAGUGACAGAAAAAGUGCAAGUUCUUGAGCAGGAGAAUGGGGAUCUGGAAGUGGAAAAUAGGAAACUAAGAAAAUCCCUGGAUACGUUGCAAAAUAUUUCCAUCCGGCUUGGGGACCUGGAAAGGGACAACAAGCAAUUGGAUGAAGAAAAUCUGGAGCUUAGGAGAGUGGUGGAGACCAUGAGAUUUACCAAUACAAAAAUGGCACAAAUAGAAGCAGAAAAUAAAGAUUUGGAAAGGGAGAAAGAGGACUUAAGAAAGAACGUGGAAAUGUUAAAAGCAAUGAGCAAGAAAUCAGAGAGGCUGGAGUUAAGCUAUCAGAGCGUCAACUCUGAAAACCAAAGACUUCAGCAAAUUGUGGAGAACAGCAGCAAAAAGAUCCAGGAGUUAGAAAAAGAAGUACAGGGAAUGGAGGGUGAAAAUCAGGUCCUCCAAAGAAACCUUGAGGAGCUAAAGAUUUCUGCCAAACGGCUAGAGAUGCUAGAAAAGGAGAACAAAACCCUAGAACAAGAAAUGUCUCAACUUGAGAAAGACAAAAAAAUGCUAGAGAAAGAAACUAAACGGCUUUGGCAGCAAGUGGAGCUGAAAGAUGCUAUUUUGGAUGAUAGUACAGUAAAGUUGGCAAUUGCCGAGAAAGAAAUCAAGACACUAGAAAAGGAAAUUGCUCGAUUUAGAGAUUCAUCUAAUAAGCUGAAAGAAUUUGAAAAGGACAAUAAAGAUCUCAUAAAGCAAGUUACAAUUGAUAAAAGAACACUAGCUACCUUGAGAGAGGAUUUGGUCCUGGAGAAGCUGAAGAGUCAACAGUUGUCUAGUGAGCUGGACAAACUGAGCCAGGAACUGGAGAAGAUAGGAUUGAGCAAAGAGCUGCUGCUACAGGAUGACAACGGCAACGACGACACAAAAUACAAGAUUCUGGAGAGCAAAACUGAAUCAGCACUAAAAACAACACUAGCUGUGAAAGAGGAAAAGAUUGCAAUGCUGGAAGCUCAAGUGAAAGACUAUCUGAACUUGAACCAGCAGUUACAGAACGAUCUAAAUAUGGUAAAGAAGGAUUUUGAUGCACUUAAGCAGACUCAACAGGAUGGGCAGUACGCUCAGAAGUCACUCAGGUAUUCUGCAGAGAAACUCAUUCCCAACCACCAAAUGAAUGAGAAAUUGGAAACGGGACACCGAGAAGCUACCAUGGAGCUGCUGAAACUGAAGGACAGAGCAAUUGAACUGGAAAGGAAUAAUGCAGCCCUGCAUACUGAGAAGCAGCUGCUUAAAGAACAGCUGAAGCAUUUGGAAACACAAAAUGUCUCCUUCAACAAUCAGAUCUUGACACUACAGAAGCAAAACGUCUUCCUUCAGGAGCACAACACUGCCCUGCAGACGCAGACGGCCAAACUCCAGGUAGAAAAUUCAACCCUCAGUUCCCAGAGUGCUUCACUGAUGGCCCAGAAUACUUUACUCCAAAAUCAGCAGACAGCCAAGGAAAAUGAGAAUGAAAAUCUACUGAAACAGAAGGAGCAGCUGAAAGCUGAGUAUGAGUCAUUGCUUCAGGACCAUGAACACCUUGCUUCACUGCAUGAACGACAGUCUGCAGAAUAUGAAAUGCUAAUAAACCAGCACAGCUGCCUGAAAACUUUACACAAAAACCUGGAUCUGGAGCACAAAGGUCUGGGUGAGAGAUACAACGGUUUAAUGAAACACAAGGCAGAAUUGGAAGAGUUGGAAAUAGUUUUAAAAACUGAGAGAGAGGUUCUGCAACAAGAGAGGAGAUCAAAUGCAAUAACCACUGGGGAAAAUCAGAAGCUGAGGGAGGAACUGGACAGGGUGAAUUUCUUGCACAACCAACUAAAGGCAGAGUAUGAAGGGCUGCAUUCACACACUAAAGAACUGAAAACUUCCUUGAACAACUCUCAGCUGGAGCUGAAUCGUUGGCAGGCUCGCUACGAUGAGCUGAAAGAACAGCACCAGUCCAUGGAUAUCUCUCUGACCAAGCUGGAUAACCACUGUGAGCUGCUGUCCCGUCUAAAGGGAAAUCUGGAAGAAGAAAACCAUCAUCUCCUGAGUCAGAUUCAGAUGCUGAGCCAGCAGAAUCAGAUGUUACUGGAGCAGAACAUGGAGAACAAGGAGCAGUAUCACGAAGAACAGAAACAGUAUAUUGAUAAAUUGAAUGCCUUGAGGAGACACAAGGAAAAACUUGAAGAGAAGAUAAUGGAUCAGUAUAAGUUUUAUGAUCCUACUCCAAAAAAGAAAAACCACUGGAUUGGAGCCAGAGCCUUAGUCAAAUUCAUGAAGCCAAAGAAGGAUACUACAAGGGAGCGGUUGAAACCAGCAGCAGAAAGCCCACCAUGGCAUUCUGAAUCCCCAGAGACAGUGCACUCUCCAUCUGCCUCCCAAAAACUGAAACAACAAGAAACUCAGGAUAAUACGUCUCAAGGGUCAAACUCCAUGGAAGAGAGAGAACACCCUGGGCGUUCUUCAAACAAAGUGCUAAUGGACCUAAAGCAAAAGAGGAAUUCCCAUCAUGGAGGCAGCAAUGAUAAUGUUGAAACCUCAGCAGACUCUGCGACAAAACACUGCUGUGUGGAACUGGGUCCCAGGACUUACUCGACCUCAGCUAUUCAUCUGCACACUUCCACCCCCAUCCCCAGGCUCCAGAGCAGACCAAAAGGCUAUAAUUCAGAAGAUAAUCUAUGUGAACAGUCCCCUGAGGUAGAGUUUGCAAGCACCAGACAGCACGCAUCCAGGCCAAACAGUUUAGAGAGCAGCAGAAACGCUUCCAGCAGUAGUUCACCUCUCAAUUUGAAAGGUUCCUUAGAUCAUAUCCAUGGUAGAACUGAGAGUCUCAGCAGUGAAGAUAUGGUACCAAGCAGAGAGGCACCAGCCUUGCUCCAAGACACCUAUCCCUUUCACUCCACUUCUGCCAUAUUGAGCCCUAGCAGCAGGCAUGAUUCCUCCUCCCACAGGAACGGUUCGAUCUCUUAUGAUAUACCUCAGAAGAGUAUUCCAUCCCAGUCUUACACAGGCAGGCAACGGUCUGCCUCACCUGGCAGUGAGAUGGUAACUUUGGAAGAGUUCUUGGAAGAGAGCAACAGGCUGUCCCCACCAAGGGACACCUCCAUUAACAGAGAUGACUUGCUCGGCGAUUAUUUUAGGAAAGCAAAUGAGCCUGGGAACCUGCUGGUUCAGCCGUCCAGAAAGGAGGCUGCUAAGAUGUCCACUAGUCUUGUUGCUCCAACUGUAAAGAUGACCAUCGCCAAUGAAGAAGGAAGAAUGGCUAAGCCUGGACAUCACAUAAAGCCAAACCUCAGACAAGUUGAACCUGAGCCUCUGGCAAACUCCCAGGGGUCCCUUAAGCUUCCUCACACGCCACAGCACCAGCCCACCAGUGGGAUGCGGCAGAUGGCACAGCCUCAGCAGCCCGGAACCGCGAGCAGGAGGAGUACGUCAUUGAGUAGAGCGUUUAGCUUAGCCUCAGCAGACCUCCUCAGAGCUACCGGCCCAGAGAUAUACAGGCAGGAGAGCCCUCAGAAGUCAGCAGCAGACCUGCGUGGGGGCAAGGACGCUGUCAGUCAGACCGGCAGGGCUUCUGUGCCAACGAGCUCCCAGGCAACAUUAAGAGAGAGGCCACAGUCUGCAAAGGUGGCAGGUUCCUUGCAAGGUGUCGAUUCCCGCUGUCGGCAGCUUGAUGCGAGGCGCCUUUCCCUGGCCCCACCGAAGGAUGAGAGGCCGCUCUCCUUCCAUCAGUUCUCUGCCUCACCCACCACAUCCACCAGCAAUCUGAACGUGCAGCAACAGGAGCGUGUGAACCCUGGGCAACAGUACUCACCUGCAUCACACACUCCCUCUAAAGUCAAACCCAAGCCAGCCCCUCGUACUGGGGAGGUGGCCACGGUGGCCCCUGCCAGAGCUGUAUCCAGCAGCACUGAGGGAAAUUUUUCCCUGGGCCAAGGCCAGGGUGAUGCCCUACUUAGCAAGUGCCAGGGUAAGCUGCCAGAAGGCAGCGCUGGGGCUCUUGAGGAGCCUGUGAGAGGAAGUAGCUCCAACAGUACUCCCGGGUCUCCGGAUCCCCAGGGGGAUCAGCAGACUGUUUGGUAUGAGUAUGGAUGUGUGUAA